GGUUGACACUAAACAGCGGAGCAACAGCGGGACGGACUGCUGUCCGCGGCUCAGCCUCAUUAAGGAAUCUGACGGCGGCUGCUCAGCCUGCAGGAUGAUCUUCAAGAACCUGAGAGAGUACCUGGCCUGGCUGUACUACCAGUACCUGCUCAUCACCGGCAUCUAUGUCCUGGAGCCCUGGGAAAAGUCCAUUUUCAACUCCAUCCUCUUCUCCGCCAUCGCCAUGGUCAUCUACACCUCGUAUGUCUUUGUGCCCAUCCACGUGCGCCUGGCACUGGAGUUCUUCUCCGGGGUCUUCGGUGGCCAGACCAAGAGCACCAUGACGCUCAUGAACUAAAAGAGGGAGAGGAAUAUGACGGGAGGAGAAAAGAGGCAGCGACUGGGUGGAUUAGCACGAGACCCCGAAUCAUUUUCCUGUAACUGGGCAACUUGAGCCCCUCCUCACACCUCCACCUUCAUCCAGAAACAGCAGCGCUCCGUCACCUCAGCUCAUCGAGACUGAAAAUAUACGAUCUUUAGGGAAUUAUCUGGAAAGCAGAGCCUUACCAUCUUCUUUACAUCCCACACCCUCUGACCUUACCCCAUGGUAUUAGACACAUGACCGUACUUCACUUUCACACCCUCAUGGUGAAAUGUCUUAUGGAAUGUUGUUUGUCCUUUUUCUUUUUCCUUUCCUCAACUAUUUGUCGUUUGUAAGUACAUACCACCUCUCGGUUUUACAUGAUAGGAUCUUCCAUGAGUAGAUUUACAUGCUCGCCUCAAUACAGAGCACUACUCGACUCGUUUCUCUCAGGCAUGACGUUUGAGCUAUACAGUCUAUGCAUCCCAGUGGUUUUCUUCCAUAAAAUUGGGGGAAUUGUUAAGGAUAUCAUUUCCAAAGAGAGUGGUUGUACUCGAAGCAGCUGAUCUUAAGAUAUCUUGAGUUGUUAGACACGGUCACAUAUACGCAAACAUACCCGCUGGGAUUUGCUUCGCCACAGUAAGAUAAUGUUUUAUUCACCUUCUCGCCCACACUGAUCAGAAGAGAACUGAUAUAUUCUGGUAUGUGUGAUCUGACCUGCACUCUUAUGGCAAAAUACUGGGUCCUGCAUUUCCCAUACAACUCAAUUGGGCCUUUUAAUGGAUCCUCACUUAUUUAAGCUAACUUUAUUUAUAUGGAGCUAUAUAUUUAUACACACUGGUAAAUGCUUGGCUGGUUACAAUGUCAAUUACCAACUUUUAUUUUGAUUUGAUUAUUUAUAUCUCUGUUCUUUUGUGGCCAUAAAUUACACAUCAAUUUGUUUCUCUACCUGAAAUUGUUUUUUAUGCAUGAAUUGUUCUAUUUUCUUUCAGUCCAUUUACCUUUUUAAACAUGUUCAGUAGUCUCAGAUAUUUUCUUUAUCAAGAUUUAAGAGCUUUUUUUUCACCACUCGCUAAAUGAAAGCUUUUAUUUAUACACGAGAGCAACACGCCAUUGCAAUAUUUAGAAAAUAAAGUCACAUGAAGACACUUUGA